AUGGACAGAUUUUACCUCGAAAAUGCGGCUCAAUACCGCAACAUGGUCCAGGCGUUCAACACCACGCCGGUGCCACGGCCAAAAGAGUCAGCCUCAGAGACAACAAGCCCAGAAAUGAUUGUCAGUGCCAGGAUCCGGCCUCUGCUGGACGAGGACAUUGCUGCUGGGUUUCCAUGUGCUGUCUACCCACGGUCUGCGCAAAUCGGCGAGGCUGGUGUGGUAGACAUUCACGAUCUCUAUAAUCACCCGAGGGGGCGGCCUAUACUCAAGUCCUUUAAAUACAAGGUGGACAGACUAUUCAACUCACAGGCAACCACCGAAGAGAUUUACGAAGAUGCCGUAGAACAUCUUGUUCCGUUUGCCUGGAAUGGCGGUAUUGGAACUUUUUUCGCCUAUGGCCAGACAGGCUCCAGCAAAACUUUCACCGUCAGCCAUUUAGAAAAACUCGUGACCGCAUCCUUGAUGGACGGCAGUCUCGAGGGCCAAAGGGAAAUGUACAUGACCAUCAUCGACCUCGCCGGAAACUCGGCCUACGACUUGCUUAGCUCCCGAAAACCCAUCUCAAUUCUUGAAGAUUCCUUUGGAGUGACUCAACUGGCCGGGGUAACCGAGCACCCGGUAAAGGACCGAGACGAAGUGAUGGAUUUAAUUGAACGAGCUGCAUCCUUCAGACGGACUGCACCGACCCUGAAGAAUGACGCUUCGUCUCGCUCACACGGUAUCUGUCGCAUUCGUAUCAGAAACCCAGCUACAGGGUCAGAUGGACUUUUGUAUCUGGUUGAUCUAGCCGGGUCCGAAGCUGCUCGCGACGUCGCAGUUCACGGAGCUGACCGCAUGCGCGAGGCGCGUGAGAUCAACAUGAGCCUGUCAGUGUUGAAGGACUGCAUUCGCGGUAAGGUCGAGUCAGAUGCCAUCGCAUUGUCGGACAUGCCCAAGUCAAAGCAGAAAAAGCCGCGUGUGCCGUUCCGGCAAAGCGCACUGACAAAGGUCUUGAAACACGUUUUCGACCCUACUGGCCGCCGAGCCUGCAAGACGGUUGUUAUAGCCUGUGUAAAUCCAAGUCUGGCUGAUGUGUCGCCAAGUAAAAAUACCCUGCGAUAUGCCGAAAUGCUGCGUGUUCUGGUUCCGACGAGCACAGCUCCCAAGGAAUCUAACCCAAUGGCUCCCAUGGCUUGGACGAAUGCACAAGUAAAAGCCUGGAUAAGUAGAAACUCAGGUGUCCCUCCAAUCGACUCUGCUGUGCUGGCUCCUACGGAGUCAGGCGCUCAACUACUUCGCCUGCCAGCCGUUAACUUUGAACGGCGAUGCUUAAAGACACCCGGUGUCAGCACGCAGCAGGCAAAAGCGUUUAGGUCAAAGUUGUGGCAAAUGCAUGUUGACUCACAGCGUGCCGGCGACAAGUCGAAUACAACGCAGUCAAACUCCAACGGGUCGACUGACCCUGACACCAUACUUUCUCGGCUCGUAUCGUCGAGCCGAGACUCCAAUCCCACCGCCUCAGAAAUACCAUUCAAAGAUCGCAUUCGCCCGAGCAUGGUUGUUAGCUGGAAUGAGCAGCCUGGUCAUGACUCCAAGAUCGACAUCCCUGGUGACAUUAAAUUGGCUACCAUACUUUGUCCUGUUGCAGCGGUACAAGAAACCGCCAAGGGAGCCUUUGAGCAGGCAUUGGAUCUUACGGGAAGGGAUACGAGUAAUGGCACGCAGUAUUUGUGCGCGCUAAUAACGCCGGGGCAAACGCCAGAUUCUUAUGAGCUCAAUCUAUGGCGACAGAUUAUCAUCGAUGUGAGUAUGAUGGAAAAUGAAGUUAUCCUUGAGUAUGAUGCGGGGACCAGGUACUACUAUAUGUCUGUUUAG